AUGAGUGUCAGCACCCAGACCUCCUUUCAAAACUCGGAUCCUACUUCUACUGCCAACGGUAUCCCUUCUCCCUGGCACGUACUCAAGCUGGCCAAUCUCCUACCAGCAUGCCGAUGCAAGCCUAAUCGAGAACUUACCUCCUACCAACAUGCAGACUCAGUGGCUCACGUAGUCGAGGUGACCUUCCCCCUACCAACGGGCACUAACGGCACUAACACGACCCAGGCAUGCAAACCACAGAAAGUCAUGCAAGUCACAACCGUUCCUUCAACCUGGCUCACAUAA